AUGCGCAUACACCAGGAAAUCGCCUACUUCUCCUACGAUGAUCAACACAACUUCCACCUCGACGAGUCCUCUUUGCGCUAUUACUAUCCUCCGCGCUUACCGGUUGAUCUAAAGAAGGGCUUCGACACGUUCGAAAAGCUGGAUGACACCGGCGAUGAGCACCUGGAUGCGCUUCUGGAAACGAUAAUUGAUUUGGAGAAGAGGACGGGCGCGAAAUGCGAAGCGGAUCUCAUUACGUGGAGGGGGAUGAUGACGAAGUUUCAUCUUUCUCCCCCUUUUCGUUUGUUAUGUCAAAAUACCAUUGGAGAUCGAAUGAAACAAUAUCAAUUUUCUGAUCGUAAUGUCGAAAGGGCUCAAUGUUAUAAAUUUGAAACUCUUUCUCUUCUAGAUCAGCCUUGGGAUGCUACUCCUCGUGAAAAAAUCGAGGGUCGUGAAGACCAGGUUGUCAACAAUAAAGCACAAUAUUGCUCCAUCGUCCGGACGGGGAUCGGCGGCUGCAAGCUUGUUAUUGGUGGUGAAGUUGAUGCCGUAUGGGACAGUAAACCCGACAGAAAAGAAGAUCCCAUUAACUGGGUCGAGCUAAAAACUUCUGCUGAAAUCCGCAACGAUCGAGAUAUGUUUAAGUACGAACGCAAGUUGCUAAAGUUUUGGGCCCAAUCCUUUCUUCUCGGUGUGCCUAAAAUCAUCGUCGGUUUCCGCGACGAACACGGCAUACUGCACCGGCUGGAAGAGAUGGUAACCCGUGAUAUACCUGGUCUAGUUGCCAGACAGGGCAAGGGCACUUGGGAUGGGAAUAUUUGCAUCAAUUUCACAGCGAAGUUUUUAGAAUGGCUCAAACUCGUAAUUAAAGAUGAGGAGGGACUAUGGAGGAUCCGCAGGCAGGAGAAAUCUCCUGUUAUUGAGGUCUUCAAGUUGGAGGAUUCUGGACAUGGGGGAAUCCUUUCCCAAGCCUUUGUUGACUGGCGGUCCUCGAAAUGA